GGCUCUCAGCUAAUAAACUGUCAAGUGGAUCCUUGCUGCUUAGUCCUUUGUGGGAGCCUCUGGGCUGGAAGCAGCUGGGGACAGGCAGAGGUGAGGAAAGCAAGUCCCUAGGGAGCAGCACUAUUGCAAGCUUCUCCCACCAGUCUCUGGAGCUGCUGGGAGCAGGACUGUGAGCUCAGGGUCUGCUUUGGGGUGCAGCUUUGGAACAUGGGAAGCAAAGAACAGGGCUGAGGAGCAGCUGGGGGCGCCGUAGGGCACAGCAUCUCCCAUGGUGCCCUGCUGGGGGCGCCCUAGAGCACAGCAUCUCCCAUGGUGCCCUGCUGGGGGCGCCCUAGAGCACAGCAUCUCCCAUGGUGCCCUGCUGGGGGCGCCCUAGAGCGCAGCAUCUCCCAUGGUGCCCUGCUGGGGGCGCCCUAGAGCGCAGCAUCUCCCAUGGUGCCCUGCUGGGGGCGCCCUAGAGCACAGCAUCUCCCAUGGUGCCCUGCUGCUGCGCACGCACGGGGCGAUGCGGCCGGGCCGGGGGCUGCCGCCGGCCAAGCGGCCAAAGGUGGCUGUCCCCCCGCGCCCCGCCGUGCUGCCCGGCUCCCCCCCGCGCCCCGCCAUGCUGCCCGGCUCCCCGCCGCCGCCGCGCCGCCUCCCGCCCGCCGCCGCCUGCCAGCGCCGCGGCUUGCCGAUCUUCCAGGCGCGGGGGCGACUGCUGGGUCAGCUCCGCGGCCUGGACUGCGCCGUCCUCAUCGGCCCUGAGAACACAAACCUUCAAGUCCAGUCGUGCUGAGGGAGGAGAAACAGGCUCAGGGAAGACCACUCAGGUCCCUCAGUACCUCUAUGAAGCGGGCAUUGGCCGCCAAGGCAUCAUUGCUGUGACCCAGCCUCGCAGAGUGGCAGCUAUAGCCUUGGCCACCAGAGUCUCCAGUGAGAGGACAACAGAGCUGGGGAGACUGGUGGGCUACACUGUGCGCUUCGAGGACCUCAGCUGCCAGGAGACGCGCAUCAAGUUCCUGACAGACGGGAUGCUGCUGCGGGAGGCCAUCGGCGACCCCACCCUGCGCAGCUACAGCGUGGUCAUCCUGGACGAAGCCCACGAGAGGACCAUCCACACCGAUGUGCUCUUCGGAGUGGUGAAAGCUGCGCAGAAGAGGCGAAAGGAGCUGGGCAAAGUGCCUCUAAAAGUGAUCAUCAUGUCAGCCACAAUGGACGUGGACCAGUUCUCCCAGUACUUCAGCGGAGCCCCUGUGCUCUAUUUGGAAGGCAGGCAGCAUCCCAUUCAGAUCUUCAACACCAAGCAUCCUCAGAGUGAUUACCUGCAGGCAGCACUGGUGUCAGUCUUCCAGAUCCACCAGGAAGCUCCCUCUUCUCAGGACAUCCUGGUGUUCCUGACUGGUCAGGAGGAGAUUGAAGCAAUGACCAAAACCUGUCGUGAUAUUGCCAAGCACCUCCCCGAAGGCUGCCCACGGAUGAUGGUGAUGCCUCUUUAUGCCUCUCUGCCCUACUCACAGCAGCUCCGAGUCUUCCAGGCUGCCCCCAAGGGCUGCCGCAAGGUGAUCCUCUCCACCAACAUCGCAGAGACCUCCAUAACCAUCCCAGGAAUCAAAUACGUGGUGGACACAGGCAUGGUCAAAGCCAAGAAGUACAGCCCUGACACCGGGCUGGAGGUGCUGGCGGUGCAGCGCGUGUCUAAGGCGCAGGCCUGGCAGCGUACGGGCAGGGCAGGGCGCGAGGCCAGCGGCGUCUGCUACCGGCUCUACACCCAGGAGGAGUUUGACACCUUUGACAGAAUGACAGUGCCUGAGAUACAAAGGUGUAACCUGGCCAGUGUGAUGCUGCAUCUCCUGGCCCUGAGAGUGCCCAAUGUGCUCGCUUUUGACUUCAUGUCCAGACCAUCUCCUGUUUUUACAGAGCAGCCAUGGGUUACAGCAGAGAGCUGGAGAGCCUCCAGCUGCCAGAGGGAGCAGGGAGCAGUGUGGAGCUGUGGAGAGCAUGAAGAGGCGAUUCAAGCAGCAAUUGAGCAGCUGGAGCUGCUGGGAGCUGUGGAACGGAAGGAGAAUCAGCUUGUCCUGACUCCCCUUGGCAGGAAGAUGGCAGCCUUUCCUCUGGAGCCAAAGUUCUCAAAAACAAUCCUCCUGUCCCCCAAGUUCCACUGCACAGAGGAGAUCCUCAGCAUCGUGGCACUGCUGUCUGUGGACAGUGUCCUGUACAGCCCCCCUGCACGGCGAGACGAGGUGCAGGCUGUCAGGAGGAAGUUCAUCUGCAGUGAAGGGGACCACCUGACCCUGCUCAGCAUCUACAGGGCCUUCAAAAACGUCAGUGGCAACAAGGACUGGUGCAGAGAGAACUUUGUCAACAGCAGGAACAUGAUGCUGGUGUCCGAUGUCAGAGCUCAGCUCAGGGACAUUUGUUUGAAGCUAUCGCUGCCUAUGGAGUCGUCGCGCUCCGACAGCACCAAUGUCCGCCGCUGCCUGGCCCACAGCCUCUUCAUGAACGCCGCUGAGCUGCAGCCCGACGGCACCUACAGCACCCUGGACUCUCACCAGCUGGUGGCCAUCCACCCCUCCUCUGUGCUCUUCCAGUGCAAGCCAGCUUGCGUGGUGUACAAUGGGCUGUUGCACACCAGCAAGUGCUACAUGCGGGACCUGUGCGUGGUGGACGCCGAAUGGCUCCACGAGGCCGCGCCAGAAUACUUCCGCAGGAGGCUGCGGGUGGCGAGGGACUGACCGGGGCUGACCUGGGGCUGGCCAGGGGCUCUGCCACCACCGGGCCCCAGGAAUUGGUGGGCUCACCCUGAAGACCUGUGCUGUGUUUUGUAGUGAGUGUACAGACGCAGCAGAGCUUUGCCUUGCAGAUCAGAUGAGAAGCAGAGAGGAAAAUGGCUUCUCGCCGAGAGCCACAUCUCAGACGCCUGCCUGGCUGGGGACAGGGCUGGAUGUGCUGCUGUGUGGUGUCUCCUGUGCACACUGUGUGUGACAGAUCUGUGCUGGGGGAAGAGUGCAACUUAGGGCACCAGAGUCCAGUUUGUCACUGCAAACAGCAGUUUUGCAGGCUCAUUGUAUACAGGGAUGUGAAAUCCAAGGAGCUCCCCUGAGCAGGCUGGGGCUGUUGGACGACUCUGCUUGAAUCCUGAGCAGUUUCAUCAGGAGAGAAAAGAAAGGACAAAAAUGUUUUCAGUGUCUACAUCCAGGGGAAAAAACCUUCUUUCACUCUUUCUAGAAAGGAGGUGCUACUGUCUCUUACCUCAUCAAACAUCUCUUUGCCUGCUCUUCACGUUCACUGAUUUGGGACCACACAAAGGUCAGGAGUGGGAAUGUCUGCUUGGCUAAAGCCUUCAUUGCUGGUGGCUAAGCCUGAGGGGCUGCUGGUGGUUUCUGGCGUUUCCAGAGCGCAGCUGUGCCAGUUGGUCUCAGAGGAGCUGCAGGGAAUUCACACAGCACUGUGCCUCUUGGCUUUAUAGCCUCCGCAUUUGUAGGGAAAGCAGAGUCUAAGCACACUUUGUUUGGGCAGGCUGACUGAACAAGGGGAGGAUGGGUCCUGGAUUUGCCCCAGAAUAAAGAAAUGAGGGCAAAAAGUCAA